AUGGAGCUCCUGUCACGGGGCGGGGUCAGUGUCAGAGGCAAACUCGCAGCUGUGGUUGGCCGCAGCAACAUCGUCGGCCUGCCUGUGUCUCUGCUCCUUCUCAAGGUACGCCAAGCUGACAUAGUCAUUGCAGCCGCUGGGCGGCCUAUGAUGAUCAAAGGGGAUUGGAUCAAGCCAGGUGCCGCGGUCAUCGAUGUUGGGCACAUAGUCAGUGCAGCAGCUGAGCAGGAUGUGAUGAUCAACGGUAACGGAGAUCUGAUCAAGCCAGGUGCUGUGGUCAUCCAUGAUGCUGACACCGACUCUGUUGACGAUGACCCUGCCGAACUUGUCGGCGAUGUAGAUUUCGCAGAGGUGAGCAAGGUUGCCGGUUUCCUGACUCCAGUCCCAGGAGGCGCUGGCCCCAUGAUGGUGGCGAUGCUGCUCAAGAACACCGUAGAUGCCACAAAGCAGGGCCAGGGAAUAUGCAAGGAUGCCAAGUGA